ACGAGACCGUCAGCGCAGCCGGAGGGAAAAGUAGUUCCCGGAGGCUGUUGGAAUAGGCGUGGAGGGAGGCGGCGCGGGCGGAGGCGCACGCCGGCCGGGGUGCUGCGGCUCAGCUGAUAAUUGAAGGGAACCGAGGAGCCGCCGCCACCACCGCCGCCGCCGUCGGGGGGUGGGGGGAGCGAGUGGAAGUUGCUGCCGCGCCACCGAGUCCGGACCGGAGACUUUGGGGCCAAACUAGUGAAUGGUAGUGUCUAGAAAGGGUAUGUCCCUUCAAGAGAGAGGUGCCAAUGUCCAACCGGCCUAAUAACAAUCCAGGGGGGUCACUGCGACGUUCACAGAGGAACACUGCCGGGGCCCAACCACAAGACGACUCAAUAGGAGGAAGGUCACAUUUAGGGCAGGCAAAACAUAAGGGAUAUAGCCCUCCUGAGAGUAGAAAAUCUAAUUCUAAGGCACCCAAAGUGCAGUCUAAUACUACUGAACUGUCAAGGGGACACCUUUCUAAAAGAAGCUGCAGUUCAUCAUCUGCUGUCAUAGUUCCACAACCAGAGGAUCCAGAGAGAGCCAAUACUUCAGAAAGGCAAAAAACGGGGCAGGUGCCUAAGAAAGACAAUUCUCGAGGAGUGAAACGCAGUGCUAGUCCAGACUACAACAGGACCAAUUCUCCUAGCUCUGCAAAAAAACCAAAAGCACUUCAGCAUACUGAACCUCCCUCAGAAACAAAUAAGCCACAUAGUAAGUCAAAGAAGAGACAUUUAAACCAGGAGCAACAACUGAAAUCUGCACAAUCACCAUCAACAAGCAAGGCUCAUACCAGAAAGAGUGGGGCCACUGGUAGUUCACGGAGUCAGAAAAGAAAGAGGACAGAGAGUUCUUGUAUAAAGAGUGGUUCUGUGUCUGAGUCAACUGGUGCCGAAGAGAGAUCUGCAAAACCUACCAAGCUGGCUUCAAAAUCAGCCGCCUCAGCCAAAGCUGGGUGUAGCACCAUCACUGAUUCCUCUUCUGCUGCCUCUACUUCCUCCUCGUCUUCUGCUGUAGCCUCGGCCUCCUCCACUGUACCACCAGGUGCCAGGGUAAAACAAGGAAAAGACCAGAACAAGGCCAGGCGUUCCCGUUCAGCAUCCAGUCCCAGUCCCAGAAGAAGUAGCAGGGAAAAGGAACAGAGUAAAACUGGUGGCUCUUCAAAAUUUGAUUGGGCUGCUCGUUUCAGCCCUAAAGUUAGCCUUCCUAAAACAAAACUGUCUCUUCCAGGGUCUUCUAAGUCAGAGACAUCAAAACCUGGACCUUCUGGAUUACAGGCCAAAUUAGCAAGUUUAAGAAAAUCUACCAAGAAGCGCAGUGAAUCUCCGCCUGCCGAGCUCCCCAGUUUGAGGCGGAGCACACGCCAAAAGACCACGGGCUCCUGUGCUAGCGCCAGUCGGCGAGGCUCUGGCCUGGGCAAAAGAGGAGCAGCUGAAGCUCGUCGACAGGAGAAAAUGGCAGACCCUGAGAGCAACCAGGAGACUGUCAAUUCUUCAGCUGCACGGACAGAUGAAACUCCCCAAGGAGCUGCAGCCUCUAGUUCUGUUGCAGGGGCUGUGGGCAUGACUACCUCUGGGGAGAGUGAAUCAGAUGAUUCUGAGAUGGGACGAUUACAAGCUCUGUUAGAGGCCAGGGGUCUUCCUCCUCACCUGUUUGGCCCUCUUGGUCCUCGGAUGUCACAACUUUUCCACAGAACAAUUGGAAGUGGAGCUAGUUCUAAGGCCCAGCAGCUUUUGCAAGGACUACAAGCAAGUGACGAAAGCCAGCAACUCCAGGCAGUCAUUGAAAUGUGUCAGUUAUUGGUCAUGGGAAAUGAGGAGACACUGGGAGGGUUUCCUGUCAAGAGUGUCGUUCCAGCUUUGAUAACAUUACUGCAGAUGGAGCAUAAUUUUGAUAUUAUGAACCAUGCUUGUCGAGCCUUAACAUACAUGAUGGAAGCCCUUCCUCGAUCAUCUGCUGUUGUUGUAGAUGCAAUUCCUGUCUUUUUAGAAAAGCUUCAAGUAAUUCAGUGUAUUGAUGUGGCAGAGCAAGCCUUGACCGCCUUGGAGAUGUUAUCACGUAGACACAGUAAAGCCAUUCUACAAGCGGGUGGUUUGGCAGACUGCUUGCUGUAUCUAGAGUUCUUCAGCAUAAAUGCCCAAAGAAAUGCACUAGCAAUUGCAGCCAAUUGCUGCCAGAGUAUCACGCCAGAUGAAUUUCAUUUUGUGGCAGAUUCCCUCCCCUUGCUUACCCAAAGGCUAACCCACCAGGACAAAAAGUCAGUAGAAAGCACUUGCCUUUGUUUUGCACGUCUAGUGGACAACUUCCAACAUGAGGAGAAUUUACUCCAGCAGGUUGCCUCCAAAGAUCUGCUUACAAAUGUUCAACAAUUAUUGGUAGUGACUCCACCAAUUUUAAGUUCUGGAAUGUUUAUAAUGGUGGUUCGCAUGUUUUCUCUGAUGUGUUCCAACUGUCCAACUUUAGCCGUUCAACUUAUGAAGCAAAACAUUGCAGAAACACUUCACUUCCUCCUCUGUGGUGCCUCCAAUGGAAGCUGUCAGGAACAGAUUGAUCUUGUUCCACGCAGCCCUCAAGAACUGUAUGAACUGACAUCUCUGAUUUGUGAACUUAUGCCAUGCUUACCAAAAGAAGGCAUUUUUGCUGUUGAUACCAUGCUGAAGAAGGGAAAUGCUCAGAACACAGAUGGUGCGAUAUGGCAGUGGCGUGACGACCGUGGCCUUUGGCAUCCCUAUAACAGGAUUGACAGCCGGAUCAUUGAGGUAGCAGCCCAUCAGGUCGGUGAGGAUGAGAUAAGCUUGUCCACUCUGGGACGAGUUUAUACUAUUGAUUUUAAUUCUAUGCAGCAAAUCAAUGAGGACACGGGAACAGCACGUGCCAUUCAGAGAAAACCUAACCCCUUAGCCAAUACUAACACUAGUGGAUAUUCAGAGUUAAAGAAGGAUGAUGCUCGAGCACAGCUCAUGAAAGAGGAUCCGGAACUGGCUAAGUCUUUUAUUAAGACAUUAUUUGGUGUUCUUUAUGAAGUGUAUAGUUCCUCAGCAGGACCUGCGGUCAGACAUAAGUGCCUUAGAGCAAUUCUUAGGAUAAUUUAUUUUGCUGAUGCCGAACUUCUGAAGGAUGUCCUGAAAAAUCAUGCUGUUUCAAGUCACAUUGCUUCCAUGCUAUCAAGCCAAGACCUGAAGAUAGUAGUUGGAGCUCUUCAAAUGGCAGAAAUCUUAAUGCAGAAGUUACCUGAUAUUUUUAGUGUUUACUUCAGAAGAGAAGGUGUAAUGCAUCAAGUAAAACACUUAGCAGAAUCGGAAUCUUUGCUGACAAGCCCACCAAAGGCGUGUACGAAUGGGUCAGGAUCCUUGGGGUCCACGACAUCAGUCAGCAGUGGAACAGCCACGGCUGCCACAAAUGCUGCAGCUGACUUGGGAUCCCCCAGCUUGCAACACAGCAGAGAUGAUUCUUUAGAUCUGAGCCCUCAAGGUCGAUUAAGUGAUGUUCUAAAGAGAAAACGAAUGCCAAAACGAGGGCCAAGAAGGCCAAAGUAUUCACCUCCAAGAGAUGAUGACAAAGUAGACAAUCAAGCUAAAAGCCCCACUACUACUCAGUCACCUAAAUCUUCUUUCCUGGCAAGCUUGAAUCCAAAAACAUGGGGAAGGUUAAGUGCACAGUCCAACAGCAGCAUUGAACCAACACGAACUGCGGGAGUUAGUGGUCUUGCCAGGGCCGCCUCAAAGGACACCAUAUCCAAUAAUAGAGAAAAAAUUAAAGGUUGGAUUAAGGAGCAGGCACAUAAAUUUGUUGAGCGUUAUUUCAGUUCUGAGAACAUGGAUGGAAGCAACCCUGCACUGAAUGUCCUUCAGAGACUUUGUGCUGCAACUGAACAACUCAACCUCCAGGUGGAUGGUGGAGCUGAGUGCCUUGUAGAAAUCCGUAGCAUAGUCUCAGAGUCAGAUGUUUCAUCAUUUGAAAUCCAACAUAGUGGAUUUGUGAAACAGCUGUUGCUGUAUUUGACUUCUAAAAGUGAAAAGGAUGCUGUGACCAGAGAUAUCAGAUUAAAGAGAUUUCUUCAUGUAUUUUUUUCUUCUCCACUUCCUGGAGAAGAGCCCAUUGGAAGAGUAGAACCAGUGGGUAAUGCACCUUUGUUGGCAUUAGUUCACAAGAUGAACAACUGCCUCAGCCAGAUGGAACAGUUUCCAGUCAAAGUACAUGACUUCCCCAGUGGAAAUGGGACAGGAGGCAGCUUUUCUCUUAACAGAGGAUCGCAGGCUUUAAAAUUUUUCAACACACACCAGUUAAAAUGCCAGUUACAGAGACAUCCAGAGUGUGCAAAUGUGAAGCAGUGGAAGGGUGGACCUGUCAAGAUUGACCCCCUGGCUUUGGUACAAGCUAUCGAGAGAUACCUUGUAGUUAGAGGGUAUGGAAGAGUAAGAGAAGAUGAUGAAGACAGUGAUGAUGAUGGAUCUGAUGAGGAAAUAGAUGAAUCUCUGGCUGCUCAGUUCCUAAAUUCGGGAAAUGUAAGACACAGACUACAGUUUUACAUUGGAGAACAUUUGCUACCGUAUAACAUGACUGUGUAUCAGGCGGUACGGCAGUUCAGUAUACAGGCUGAAGAUGAAAGGGAAUCCACUGAUGAUGAGAGCAAUCCUCUAGGAAGAGCUGGUAUUUGGACAAAGACUCAUACCAUAUGGUACAAACCUGUGAGAGAGGAUGAAGAAAGUAAUAAAGAUUGUGUCGGCGGUAAAAGAGGAAGAGCCCAAACAGCUCCAACAAAAACUUCCCCCAGAAAUGCAAAAAAGCACGACGAGUUGUGGCACGAUGGAGUGUGCCCAUCAGUAUCAAAUCCUUUAGAAGUUUACCUCAUACCCACGCCACCUGAAAAUAUAACUUUUGAAGACCCAUCAUUAGAUGUGAUCCUUCUUUUAAGAGUUUUACAUGCCAUCAGUCGAUACUGGUAUUACUUGUAUGAUAAUGCAAUGUGCAAGGAGAUUAUUCCAACUAGUGAAUUUAAUAACAGUAAGUUGACAGCGAAAGCAAAUAGGCAGCUUCAAGAUCCUUUAGUAAUCAUGACAGGAAACAUCCCGACAUGGCUUACUGAACUAGGAAAAACCUGCCCGUUUUUCUUCCCUUUUGAUACUCGGCAAAUGCUUUUUUAUGUAACUGCAUUUGAUCGGGACCGAGCAAUGCAAAGAUUACUUGAUACCAACCCAGAAAUCAACCAGUCUGAUUCUCAAGAUAGCAGAGUUGCACCUAGAUUGGAUAGAAAAAAACGCACUGUGAACAGAGAGGAGCUGCUGAAGCAAGCUGAGUCUGUGAUGCAGGACCUUGGCAGCUCAAGGGCCAUGCUGGAGAUCCAGUAUGAAAAUGAGGUUGGCACAGGUCUUGGGCCUACACUGGAGUUUUAUGCACUUGUAUCUCAGGAACUGCAGAGAGCUGACUUGGGUCUCUGGAGAGGUGAAGAAGUAACUCUUAGCAAUCCAAAAGGAAGCCAAGAAGGGACCAAGUACAUUCAAAACCUCCAAGGCCUGUUUGCCCUUCCCUUUGGUAGGACAGCAAAGCCAGCUCAUAUUGCAAAGGUUAAGAUGAAGUUUCGCUUCUUAGGAAAAUUAAUGGCAAAGGCUAUCAUGGAUUUCAGAUUGGUGGACCUUCCUCUUGGCUUACCCUUUUAUAAGUGGAUGCUACGACAAGAAACUUCACUGACAUCCCACGAUUUGUUUGACAUUGACCCAGUUGUAGCCAGAUCAGUGUAUCACCUAGAAGACAUUGUCAGACAGAAGAAAAGACUUGAACAAGAUAAAUCCCAGACCAAAGAGAGUCUACGAUAUGCAUUAGAAACCCUGACUAUAAAUGGCUGCUCAGUUGAAGAUCUAGGAUUGGAUUUCACCCUGCCAGGGUUUCCAAACAUUGAACUGAAGAAAGGAGGAAAGGAUAUACCUGUCACUAUCCACAAUCUAGAAGAGUAUCUAAGACUGGUUAUAUUCUGGGCACUAAAUGAAGGUGUUUCCAGGCAAUUUGAUUCAUUCAGAGAUGGAUUUGAAUCAGUCUUCCCACUCAGUCAUCUUCAGUACUUCUACCCAGAAGAACUGGAUCAACUCCUGUGUGGCAGUAAAGCAGACACUUGGGAUGCAAAAACACUGAUGGAAUGCUGCAGGCCAGACCACGGUUACACCCAUGACAGUCGGGCUGUGAAGUUUUUGUUUGAGAUUCUCAGUAGUUUUGAUAAUGAGCAGCAGAGGUUAUUUCUCCAGUUUGUGACAGGUAGCCCAAGAUUGCCUGUUGGAGGCUUCCGGAGUUUGAACCCACCAUUGACAAUUGUCCGGAAGACAUUUGAAUCAACAGAAAAUCCAGAUGACUUCUUGCCCUCCGUAAUGACUUGUGUGAACUAUCUUAAGUUGCCGGACUAUUCGAGCCUUGAGAUAAUGCGGGAAAAACUGUUGAUAGCAGCGAGAGAAGGGCAGCAGUCAUUCCAUCUUUCCUGAUCACACCGAGAAAUGCAUUGUCUGCCUGUUACAGCAAAAGAAAAAAAAUCAUGAUUUCUUUUCUAAAUGUAUCACCUGAGUCAAGCAAACAUGUUACACCUUCUUGUUGUAGGAAAAACGGCUUGCAGGUCAUAAAAGAGACUCUUGGUUGAUAUUCAUUAAUGGCCCCAUGGACUUAAAAGUGAUCAGGCCCUAAAACAUUGUUGUGAUGAGGUUUCUUUAGCAAGUUCUUGUUUAAAUUAUCAUUUAUUUGAUGAGUGAAGUUUUUAACUUGCUUUGCUGUGUGAAAUUUAAAAAAGGGAUGUUUUUCCAGGCUGAAACAAUAAAUGUCGCUGUGCAGUUUAAUUCUGGGCUGUGUGUAUCCAUCUAGCUAAGUCUGCAGUUUUGUUUCCUCCAAAGACAACUCUUGUACAUAAGUACAGAAAUUAAAGCUCACGCGUAUUUGACAAAUACAGUUUAGUAGGUUAUCUCUGUGUGCUUUUCAUUUCCCUCUAAUUUUCUCUCCCCACUCAUGUAUUGUCUGUGCAGCUCACAGUUCUUUUUGUAUAUGACACUUGGUGGUUACAUUUUCAUUAGCCAUGGGCUUUUAUUGUUCCAUGUUCUCUCAAAUUAAAAUAUAAUUUAAAAGUCAGUAAAUUGACACAUAUUGUCAAUAUAAUUCAGCCUUUGUAACUGGGUGGACUUUCCUUAGAACCUAGUUUUAACAUAGUUGUAGGGUGUUACUGGCUUUCUACCGGUGACACACGAGCAAUGUUUACAUGGUGAGUCUGGCAACUAGAGCCCUGCAGGAGAGGCAGGGAAAGCUCACUCACUCAUUUCUCUCGUGUAGGUUGCAGAGUCUGCAGCUUGGGCUGGCUGGUAUGCGUUAUUCUAUGGCCAGAGCAUCUUGACUUGCUGUGAAGUUUUAAAGAAAAUGAGCAAGUUUCAUUCCCUGUUGGAGUAAAAGAAUUUUUUCUCCCAUGUUCUUGUUUCAAGUUUUUGUUCAUAGUCUUCUGCUUUUCUCUUCCCCUCCUUCCAGUGCUAACUUGGGACAAGCAGUUCAGCCUUUGUCUUCACACAGAUGAAGCACCUGUAAACAAUGCUCUGUCCAGUAGUUUUACAUUCUGAUUUCUCAAAUUUGCAAUAAUCCAUCAGGUUAAUGUUUCUACCUAAAAAUAAAUAAUGUUUGCUUCACCUUUUUGUUGAUAGUUCUGUGCUGUAUGCAUAAUUUGUGCAGAUGUAUUUCAACGCAAGUAAAUCGUCACAUCUCCAUGAUUCUGCGUCAUGGCUGAUUUCGCUAUUCAAAGAAUUUAUAACAAGAACUUGAGGAAUAUAAGAUGUGGAGAGAAAAUGGGAGGAAAUUAAUUCCUUCCUAAGGUUCAAAAUUAAGCCUGUUGCAUAAAUUUGAGAGAAUUUCCAUAAUACAUUUUUUGAAAAUGAGAGGUGAACUCUAUUUUUGUUUAAUUGACCUUUGAGAAAUCAAUUUCUUUUGUUUUCCUGACUGUUCCAAACUCUUACUUAAUUGACGUAAGCCCCUUUGCUCCCCAUCCCACCACCGAAAAGAAACUGAGUGGCUUGUUUUAUUUUGAUGACUGUCAUUUUUCACUUAAACAGCCUUAUGUGGAGCAUCCCCAUAGUGGGUGCUCAUCCCCACAGGGCGCAUCCUUCACAGUGAACUUAGGCCGUGACCCUGUUAGGUGCGAGGAUCUGUAAGAAGAGCUCAGGGCUCUGCCUCCCUGGUCCCUGAAGCAGCUCCAACAAGUGAGAGCAGCUAUACUUUGAGGUCAAGGGAGUGGGCUGCAUAUCUGCAGUUUUUACAUAGCAUAGGCACCAAACAGUUGAAUGAGGCAGAAUUGGUGUUACAGAAUGAACUGAUUUGUUUGCAACUGUUAUGAUACCUUUUUUACAAACUAAGCACAAAGAUUUUUGGGUGAACAUAGCCUUUUGUUCCUUUUUUUUACAGGGUUCUCUUGUUGAAAUUUAGACACGUCUAUAAACAAAGUAAUGUUUCAUAUUAAAAUAUCUGUAUUAGACAUUUUAUCCAUGUUGUGGCCCUGGUAGAUUUGGCCUCACUGAUGAGCAUCUAAUGAGUACAUACGAUGGUUUUUAAUCCACUUCUGGAGCUUGAGUGUUUCAGAGUUGGUAAUCAUCUGUUUAAAUGCUUUCAGUCUUUAGCUUACACCUUCCUCCGCAGCUCUUGGUUAGUUAGGGGCAGGAAGACUCUACCCAUUUUAAAGCAAUCUCUUGGCAGAGGCCUUAAUAUCGUGUUGUAGGGAAAACGUAUUAACUUCAUUUGCUGUUAUUCCAGUUAUGCCUUAAAUUUAUUUGCUUAGUAAUCCUGUCAACAAGCACUAAUUUCUAAAUAUGCUUUACACAAUUAGACAAUUGCGUAGUGACUUGAGAUUUUGUUGUCAGAUGUUCGUCAGCUAACACCAAGUAUGUGGUGGUGUCAUUCAACAGUUACUGGUUUGAUCUGCUUUGUGUAUGAGAACAUAAUUUUAACUUUCAUUUUAAGGAAGGGAGAGGUAGUUACAUGUAAUCCCUUCCUCCUAGUACUCCUCCCUUGCCCCAAGUGGAUAGUGAAGUCUAGGUAGUUAAUCGGGGACAGACAUGGAGAAAGUUUUAUAUGCCUUAGCCAAAUCCAGCAGAAACCUUUCACACAGCCAGUCAUACCACACUUCUCUCUCUCGUUCUUCAGCUCUGGUUCCCUGUGUUCAUAGCGGUAGAGAACUUCCUCUCACCUUUGCAGAUUAGAAAGACGUAGUACCUAAAGUUCCUCUUUCCUGCAUUUGACAUGCAUUUAAUACGUACGCAGAAAGGCUGUGACCAGUCACUUCCUGAAUCUCCCUAGGGCAACCUGUACACAAAGGCCGUAAGGCUGAGGGAUAGAGUCCCAACUUCUGCAUCCAAGAAAUUAGAUCCAAGUCUUGAUUUCUCCACACAAAGGAUUAUUGCCAGCGAACUGGAGGUCUGUCUUCCCUCUGCUUCAUCAGGUUGUGAGGCUAUGCUCCUGAUUUUUGUCAGUGAGUGUGAACUCAGGAAAUGGCAAUGUCGCUGAUUUUCCAAGAAAACAUGAUUAAGAAAGGACAAAGACCUUAUCAGUGCGUUCAGAAACCACACCUUUCGGGGGUGUUCUGAAUGCUGCUGUCCAUUCUCCAAUAGCAAAGGUGAUCAAACUUUUAAUCCAUUUAUCUUAGUCUUUGGAUUUUUUGACCCAUUUUUCCCUACUGUAUUAAGAAUAUUGUUUGGAAAUGUCAUAUUCUGUAUUUAUAAUUAUCUGAGAAAUGCUUUUGUACGAGUCUUAGGUUUGCCAUGGCAGAAGCUGGCAUACACGGUCAAGGAUAACCUAGUAACAAAUUACUGAAAAUGCUUCCUUUGUUACCUCAAAAGAAAAAAACUCCAGACAAAAUAAAGCAUUUAUAUUUCUAGAAAAUGGAGGAUUGGCCGUUUUCCAAGAAUUUCAAGUUAAUUCUUAUGCAAGAAAAAGUUCUUAACUCUAAAGACUUACCUGCAUAAAGGAAACAUUCUUCAAUAAUGGAAGAGGUGUUUUUAUUUUUACAACAGGCCUACUCAUAUGACCAAACCUAUAACCAAUUGCUGAUCUCCUGUGUAAAGCAUUUUUUUUCUCUUAUCUGAAACAGUGAUUUAUAUGAACUGUUGGAAUAAUGGAACCUCAAACUACAGAUGUGUAUGUAAAAUUGCAUAAAUGCACUGACUUCCUUCUCCCUGAAUAUAUUUUUAAUAAACAGCAUUAUCCUACAUGGUCAGUUUUA